UUUUUUUUGUUGUGUGUACAUAACAAAUGAAAAAAAUUACUCACUAUAUAUAUAUACGGUGUUUUUUGUGUGGAGGGAGUUCGGGUGAACACCCUCCCGCCCUCCUAGAUCCGCCCCUGAUUCCUUGAUUUUCGGGCUAGCUUGCUUGCACCUUGGCUAUAUCCACGGGAUAGUAACUCUGUCCACUAAGGCUAGGAUGGAUGAUGGCUUUGGUGGACAGAGUUACCUGAUAUGAUAUCUGAUGUUGCUGGUGGGAGGUGAUAGGUAUCAUGUAGAUUUAGUAGAGGUGCGCUAAAGCUAGUCCGGGCACCAUGGAUAUCAAAAAAAAUAAAGGCUAGGACAGAUGAUGGCUUUGGUGGACAGAGUUACCUGAUAUCUGUUGUUGCUGGUGGGAGGCUAAGGUAUCCUGUAGAUUCAGUUGAGGUGCGUGAAAGCUGGUACGGGCACCAUGGAUAUCAAAAAAAUUAAAGGCUAGGACUGAUGAUAAGAAAUCCCGUAGUAUUUCUAGGUCACACUCUUUGGGUGUCGGGUUCAGACCUAAUAUUUAUUGCAAUGUUAAUGAUUUUAUGCAUAAAUUUAUACACCGUUGGCGAAAAUAUUGUCCAGAUGAACUCGAUGGUACAAGUCUGCAUCUGCCCCUUGUUACAAUGUGUAUAGUGGCUUCACAGUGAUUCGGUUCCCAUUAUUUUGUAGUAUAUGCACUUAUGCAGUAUUGAAGUAUUCACCUGUCAUGGGACUGCUUCUAACUGUGUGAAUUUUGGGCUAUUUAUUCAUAAUUUUAGGGUAUUGCAACUCCUUUCUUAAUCAUAAGGGGGUAGGGUCAGAUUGUAGCUUCAUUUCCUGCAUUGUUCCUAAAGUGAGAUGGCUGAAGAUUGCAGCUAAAGACGUGGUGUGCUAAUAAAAUGUUAUCUUGUCUUUCUUUUUCCCCGACCUUCAAAAUGUUUGGAUUUCAUUGUUGCUGACCUCUAUUUUCCAUUUAUACAGAGCCAUAUAGGGAAGAGCACAGAAUGGAGUAUAGACUUCUGAAUGGGAUCUGUAUUAUAUUCUCUUUUUAUUCCAAAAAUGAUUGUCAGGACAAAUGGCGAAAUAUGUCUAUUUACCCUGCUGGGCAAGGCUCUAAAGAUAAAUCUAGAGUUGCUCGUGCAAGACCAAUGGCAAUAGAUGCACUUGUGCCUUCCACUGCUCAAAAUGUUACGCCUAUUGCUUCAGCAUUCGAGCCUUCCCUUGCUCAAAGUGUUCCGGCUAUCACUUCAGCAUUCGAGAAUGAAGCCAUUGAUGAUCCUCCCAAAAACUCCCAAGAAGGCCUUCACCUGUCUAAUGAUAUGAUCUUUGAAGCUCUGUCAUCCAUGAAGGGUUCAAAUGGAUCUGAUCUUGGUGCCAUUGUUGGAUUUAUUGAGCAACGACAUGAAGUACCACAACAUGCUAGAAGGUUAUUGACAACAAAGUUGAGAAGACUCGUAUUGCAAGGAAAACUUGAAAAGGUCGAGAACUGCUAUAAGAUGAAAGAUGCAACAUCAGAAACCAAAAUACCUACUCCAAAACAAAAACAUGUCCGCUCAUGGCCAGUUCCAAAUUCGGCUGUAAAAGUCUCCUGUGGAACAACAGAAGAAGCUGCAAGGAUUGCUGCUGAAAAGAUUGUUGAUGCAGAACGUAAGUGUUUCUUGGAAGUUGAAGCGAUUAAAGAUGCAGAAGUGACGUCAAAAAUGGCUGAGGAAGCAGAGACAAUGUUACUACUUGUCAAAGAGAUCUAUGAACAGUGUUCGCGAGGUGGAGUUGUUCUCUUGGCUUGAUCACCAUGUGCAGUGGUUUGUAUAUACUGCUCGUUGAGAUGUGGAGAUGCUUUUCAAUUUCUGAUAGCAGUGGGUUCCUAGCUCAAGGGUGCCAACCAAAGUAAAUUUCCUUUAGAAGUAUACUUGAGAAAAAUUAUAGCCACAUCCUGAAGCUUCAGAGAUGGCGAUCGUUUAUAUCUUGUGUAUCCUAUCCAUCUAAGCUCUUUAGUACAGGCUGUAGGUAUAGCUCUACAUUCAAAUUUCAUUAAAUCCUUUUCAUAGAUUUUGCUGAUGACCUUUUCACUUAUAUUUUAGCGAGAGGAGACUAUAUAGAUGAGAAUUUUAUUGUUACUGGUAUACAUAAUCAACCAGCUCUGUGGAGGUAAUUGUUUUACAGAAACUUGGCAUACUGGUUGAA